UUGGCGAAAAGGUGUUCGUAAUAUUUUGGAAUUUAAUUUAGCGAAAAAGAACAGUGAAUGUUGUUUCACACUGUGUGAUUCUUUUAGAAUAUUAUUAUUUAGUGCUUACUUCUUACAAUGACCACCACACCGUCGAUAGAUCUAACCGAGUUGGUUGAGAAUGCGAAAAACAAAACCAACGUCAAAUGCAGCCACUGCGAAUCAUUGAUGCUGAAACCGGCCUGUGCUGAUUACGUGGAAAGCGAGUUCGAUCUACCCGAAGCGCACCAGAAAACGCGCCAACAACCCACGGACGGAGGAGCCGAACAGCGGACGGAAUUCACCUGCGAGAAGCUCAAGGACUUUUGGGUCGUCGGCGAUAUGUUCACGUUUGAAAACAUUGGCCUCUCGCACACGGUUAACAACGUCAAGUACCUAAUCUGUGCCGAUUGCGAAAUCGGCCCGGUCGGUUAUCACGAUCUGCAGACGAAGCAGUGCUUCAUCGCGCUGCACCGGGUGAAACAUGUAGCGUGAGAUCAGCGUUGUGUAUGAUGAUGAUGAUGAUGAUGCAAAUGACCAGCAAAGUAGGCUGUGUGCGUGUUUAGUUUUGGCUGCACGUUCUUUACACUGUGUGUAAAAAGUCGGUGGUUUUGGGAAUAUUCUUUUCGGUUCUAUCGGGGUUGCGAAGACGAAUGACAAGUAGAUUGGACGAUCGAUGCUGUAUCGAUCAGUUUUUUUCAUAUUUCGCUUACUUAAACAGUCUAUAACAUAAAUGAUAUAUAAUAAAAGUUAAUUCAUAGGAAAA